AUGGACAACGCGUUCCUUGUGACAAGCCGGCUGCAGCUUCCGCAAGCUCUCCGACAUCGGAAUGCAGUGCAGCCCAACUUGGAGUCGAGCGCCAGGAGGCUUCUGGACCACGAUGUCCUUGCAGGAGCCAGCUGUGCCAGCUGCCAGACUCUUGGCUUGGUUCUUUGUGCGAUCUCUCUGCGCCGGAGCCAGCGGCCGCGAGGGUGUCGGGGACUUGCCCGCUGCGCACGCGGUGUGAUUGACUACUAUGACGUUCUAGGAGUGAGCAAGAAUGCCAAUGAGCGGGAGAUCAAGUCCAGCUUCAGGAAGCUGGCCCGUCAGUACCAUCCAGACAUCAACCAGGAGCCAGGGGCGCAGGAAAAGUUUCAGCAGAUUGCCAAGGCAUACGAGGUUCUUUCAGACUCACAGAAGCGGCAGCGAUACAAUCAGUUCGGUGAUGGUGGCCUUGAGGGCAUGAGCCCUGGAUCCGACUUGUCCGAUGUUGAUCUCGAUGAUAUUCUUGGCGAUGUGUUCAGCUCUUUUUUUGGGGGCCGUCCCAGUGAUCCUCCGAGAGGAGCCGGGGUUGGUAGUGACUUUCGCGAGGGCCCAAGAACAACUGGCCGAAGCAGCCGUACACGAGCUUCACGAGCCCGGAGAACGAGGGCUCAGAAGGGCUCAGACCUUCAAUGCAGGGUCGAAAUCCCAUUUGAAGUUGCAUGCUUUGGAGGGCGUCAUGUUGUACGUAUCAACAGGGAGGAGCUGUGUGAGACAUGCAACGGGCAAGGGACCAAUGCCAAGGGUGAGAAGAAUCAGCUGUGUCGGAGAUGUGGAGGAGCUGGUGUCACCGUCCAGUUUCAGCAAACUCCGCUAGGUGGCAUGGAGACGCCGCAAGCGUGCCCGAAAUGCAAGGGGUCCGGAAUAGACCCAAAAGCAACUUGCCAAGCGUGCAGCGGCAAGGGUACGCAGAGCAUUACGCGUGAGGUGGCGGUGAACAUUCCGGUAGGUUGUAAUGCUGGCAGCAGGUUGCGGGUGCGAGCAGAAGGCGACAAAGGUACCAGGGGAGGACCACCCGGCGAUUUGUACUUAACACUGAAGAUUGGCCGGUCAGAAGAGUUUGUCAGAGACGGUGCAGACAUCUACAGCGAGCAGGUUAUCAGCGUUUUUGAUGCGAUGCUUGGCGCCUCUGUUCAGAUCAGCACUGUUGAUGGCAAGGCAGCAGUCAAGGUUCCGGCUGGCACGCAGCCCGGAGCAACGAUGCGUUUGCAAGGGCGCGGCGUUCCAAAGCUGGGUCUUGAAGGAGAGCGAGGUGAUCACUAUGUAACCCUGCGGGUGGAGGUGCCGCGCCGCUUGGACUGCGACCAGCGAGAUCUGGUCACGCAUCUUCGAGAUGUCUGCCAUUUAGAUGGAGAGGAGCUGCCAGACAUCAAUGGUGAUCCAGACACCCUCUGA